AUGUCAGUACUUCAAAAUACUGGUUGUAUGAAUAAAAUUGAUCAAAUGCCUAUCGUGCUGAUACCGAUUCACUUUGAUCGUGAUCCAAGUCAAGUUGUAUCUGUUCCUUCUAUUCUACGAUCAAUUGUAUUGAGACCAGUGAAGACAACUGAUUUUAUGACGUGUGUACCAGCUGUUCCUGGAGUUCAUUUUCCAGAAGAAGUUGUUUACAAAAUGCAAAAAGCAGCCGAAGAAGUACCGGUAUAUCUCGAGUUCUCUACGAUCUCACAUCAAAACCACCAGCCACUAUUGAAUGGGAAUAAUCACUCUACAUCCCUCUAUGUGUGUGUGUGUGCGCGUAUGUGCGUAUUCGAAUGCUGUUGUUUUUCCUUCCGCUUUCUAUAUAUGACUCUGUUUCCAGAAAGAAAAAAAAACAAAGAAACCAGAGAAGGAAAGUAUCCUUUUUGA